AUGCCGCCGAUUCCCCAAGACGUUGCCCUUCUCUGGGGGCUCGUGUUCCUCCGAAUGAUGGGGUACGGGCUCACCAACCAGGUGCUCACACUUUUCCUCCAUCUGUUAGGCAUCGCUGACGUCGCUAUUGGUUGGUUCAUGACCGCCACCUUAAUUGGCGACGCCCUCCUUUCGCUCUGGUUGACGUGGCGAGCCGACCAUUGGGGUCGUCGUCGUGUGGUCGCUGGUGGAUGUGUGGCUAUGGCCAUUUCCGGCUUGGUUUUCGCCUCAGCGCUGAGUUUCUGGGUGCUUUUAUUAGCAGCUGUGGUCGGGGUUAUCUCGCCUCUGGGUGACGAAACCGGCCCGUUUAAGUCAGUGGAAGAAGCGCUGUUGGCUCACUUGACGCUACCCGAACACCGGGCGUUUAUCUACGCUAUCCAUGGCCUUGCCGCUACCGGCGGGGCGGCAGUGGGGUCGCUUGUCGCCGGUAUUGUGGUCGACCAGCUUACGCUAGUGUACCAAUUUGACGAUGUCACGGCUUACCGGGUGGUGUUUGUCAUUUACGCCGGUAUUGCCGUGGCUAAGCUUUUGUUUUCGUUGCUUCUUUCACCAGCGUGUGAAGUGAAAGUUAUGGACGUUCCCGUGGUGGAAACCGAAGAUAGCCAGUUGCUUUUGCCUCCCAGUUCUCUGACUGGUCUUUCUGCACGUACUCAGAGACUUUUGGCUCCGCUUUUGGUGGUAUUUAUGCUUGAUUCAUUAGGGUAUGGCUUGAUGCCGUGGGCAUGGGUGGUGUACUAUUUAAAGAAGACAUUUGCCAUUUCUGCUACUGGCCUCGGUACGUUGUUCUUUGUCAUUAACCUUACCGAUGCCAUUUCGCUGCUUCCGCUGGCGUGGAUCGCCACUAAAUUGGGUAGUGUCGCCGCCAUUCUUGCUACACAAGUACCACUGGCGAUCUUAUUUGCCUUGGUAUCGGUGGUGCUGCUGUUUGGUGCCCUGGCGAUCCUUUUGUUAGGCUACGCCGCUACGCUGACAUUGGAUGUGGUGCCUCGCCAGAUGCUAUUAUCGGCAUUAUUCCCUCCACACGAAUUAGCGAAAGUAAUGGGGGUGGUCAAUCUUGGUAAGACCGCCGCUCGCAGUGUGGGACCUCCAUUCACCGGUUGGCUUGCUCACCAUGGCUGGCUUCAUUAUGGGUUUGCCAUCAACGGGGGGUGCGUGCUCAUUGCCGAUGCCGUACUCGCCUCGUUUCUGGGCCGCUACUCCCAAUCGCAAAUCCAUUGA